UUAACUCUCUAACAUCUUUGUAAGACAUAUCCACCAUCAACCGCAGAUUAGCCGUUGAAACUUACGAAGUUGCAGGUGAUUACGCAUGUGGGACUGGUAGCAUCUAGAACAUGAAAGAGCCCUGAUCUAAUUCUUUUGUCUUCCUCGCAAGACAUAGGAAAGAAAGAAACGUUCCUCCUACCAAGGAGGGGGAAUAUAAUCUUCAGUUUCUAGUUUCUGCUACUGUGAGAAAUUUGAUCUAAAACGCGAAUCUGAUCCACUAUUUUCCUAGAAUGGAGAUCAAAUGGACAGUAUUCGUUUUAGCAAUGGUGGUAGCGAUGGCCAUGUGGGGGAAUGUGAGUGAAGCAAAGGGGAAAAAGGAGAAGGUGUGCACCAAGGGAUGGGAGUGCCAAGGCUCCAAGUACUGUUGCAACCUAACCAUCUCCGACUACUUCCAGGUCUACCAGUUCGAGAACCUAUUCUCCAAGCGCAACUCCCCGAUCUCUCACGCCGUUGGAUUCUGGGACUACCAGUCUUUCAUCCUCGCAUCCACCCUUUUCCAGCCCCUCGGCUUUGGCACCACCGGCGGUAAGCUUAUGCAGAUGAAGGAGAUCGCCGCCUUCCUUGGGCAUGUUGGCAGCCAGACUUCCUGUGGUUACGGUGUUGCCACUGGAGGGCCCUUAGCCUGGGGGCUCUGCUACAACCAUGAAAUGAGCCCGAGCCAAGCCUACUGUGAUCCCAAUUACCUCUACCCUUGCUCUCCCGGAGUUCAAUACUAUGGCCGGGGUGCGUUGCCCGUCUACUGGAACUACAAUUACGGGAUCAUCGGGGAUGGUUUGAAGGUGGAUCUGUUGAACUAUCCUGAAUAUCUGGAACAGAAUGCUACUCUGGCAUUCCAAGCUGCUAUGUGGAGGUGGAUGAACCCGAUCAAGCCGAAGCAGCCAUCAGCCCAUGAUGUCUUCGUUGGAAACUGGAAGCCUACCAAGAAUGACACUUUGGCCAAACGUGUUCCUGGUUUUGGAGCCACCAUGAAUAUUCUCUAUGGGGACCGGGUGUGCAGUCAGGGUGACAUUGAUUCCAUGAACGCCAUUAUCUCCCACUACCUCUAUUACCUUGAUCUACUGGGGGUUGGUAGAGAGCAGGGAGGUGCCCAUGAUAUUCUGACAUGUGCAGAACAGAUAGCAUUCAACCCUUCUUCAUCUUCAUCCUCAUCUUCCUAAGAUGCCGCUGCAAUUUCAAUUGUAGUACAAACCCCCCCAGUUGUGAAACUGUCCUUGAUCAAGCACAGCUUAAUAAAGGGUAAGUGUUCUUUUGCCAUGUCAAGACCAGGUUAUUUGAAUCCGAAGGUGAAAGGACAAGUUUUUUGUUCAUUGUUACUUUGGAUUGUUUGCAUUGCCGGUGGCAUCAUAUUGUAACAUGUUUAUGUAUGGUUCUGUUUAAAAAUGUUAAUUGUCUGUUUAUUGUGUGAUUACUACAUUAAACAAUAAUUCAAACUGCUUUCUUGUUAGAAUUUCAUGUAUAA